GCGGCCUUGUCUGGUAGUCCCUCCAAGGCUCUCCAGGUGACAUUUGUCACAAGCUUUCCUUGGGCAGCUCCAGCCAAGUGUGGGCUGAGGGUUACCCUACCGUUGAGCAAGGACUCCCUGUCUCCCUCUGCCUGGGACCCACCAGUGGUACAGGCUUGAGGCUGACAAACCUGUUCUGCAGGCCAUGGUGGGAGAGGCCGGUUCCCUGGAGCUACCUCCCAGGCUGUGAGCAGCUCGGCAGGGACUCUGAGGUGCUGCGGUCUGUGUUGUUACAGAACACAGGAGCCCAGCGUCAUGGCAGCCACGGACUUGGUGGAGGAGAUUCGCUCUGUGGGUGAGAGGCUGCUGCUGAAGCUGCGGGGGCUGCCCCAGGCCGAGCCCGUGGAGCUGGUGGCCUUCUCUAUCAUCGUUCUUUUCACAGCCACGGUCCUGCUACUGCUGCUGAUAGCCUGCAGCUGCUGCUGUGUGCACUGCUGCUGCCCUGAGCAGAGAGACAGGAGGAUCCCCGUGCGGCCCGUAAAACCCAGAUGAGGGACAACAGCAAAUGCCGGGAGAAGCUGACAGGAACCUUCCAGAGCUGUGACACAGGCUACCGUCCUGGCCACUUCACUCCUCCAGAGGGGUCACCUGGCCUCAGUUCUGGUACUGCCCAGGUGACAGGAGACGCCUGGAGCCUCCUUCAUCAAGGAAACCAGUGCUGCUCAAUCUGCCAGUGGACACCAGUGCUUAGGAGGAGCCACUGCUUCCGAGACUCGGGAGACCACCUAGGUCUUCUGCUAAGCUGUACCCCUUAGGGCCCCACACUCUGAACAGCUCCUAGUUGUGGGGAGCUGGCCCUUGGGGCUCUGCUGACUUAUGCCAAACAGAAGUAAACUAAUCAGGAACUUUGUGCAAUUUACUAGACUCCAAGCCUCCUGCUGAGGAGGGGGAGAACACGUCAGUAUUCUAGAUGAAAUUUGCUUACUUCCAAGUAAAAGCUUUUUUGGUUAUGA